AUAGAGGAGAGAGGACUGUACCAGGACAAGGUGUUCUGCUUCAUCCAUCUGAGUGUUCAGGAGUUUCUGGCUGCUCUUCAUGUCCAUCUGACCUUCAUCAGCUCGGGAGUCAAUGUGCUGGAAGAAGAAACAACCUUCAAUUGGGCUAAAUUAUUUAAGAAACGAAGCGUACAAUCGUUCCACCAGACAGCAGUGAACAAGGCCAUACAGAGUCCAAAUGGCCACCUUGACUUGUUCCUCCGCUUCCUCCUUGGUCUUUCACUGCAGACCAAUCAGAGUCUCCUACAAGGUCUGCUGACACAGAAAGGAAGUAGCUCACAGACCAAUCAGGAAACAGUUCUGUACAUCAAGAAGAAACUCAGCGAGAAUCUGUCUGAAGAGAAAAGCAUCAAUUUGCUCCACUGCCUGAAUGAACUGAAUGAUCAUUCUCUAGUGAAAGAGAUCCAACAGUCCCUGAGAUCAGGAAGUCUCUCCAGAGAUAAAUUGUCUCCUGCUCAGUGGUCAGCUCUGGUCUUCAUCUUACUGUCAUCAGAAAAAGAUCUGGAUGUGUUUGACCUAAAGAAAUACUCUGCUUCAGAGGAGGCUCUUCUGAGGCUGCUGCCAGUGGUCAAAGCCUCCAAUAAAGCUCUACUGAGUGGCUGUUUUCUCUCACAGAGAAGCUGGGAAGCUCUGUCCUCAGCUCUCAGUGCUCAGUCUUCAAGUCUGAAAGAGCUGGACUUGAGUAAUAACAACCUAAAGGAUACAGGCGUGAAGCUUUUGUGUCUUGCACUGCAGAGUCCACACUGUACCCUAAAAACUCUGAGACUGAUUGUCUGUAACCUCUCAAAGAGAAGCUGCGAAACACUGUCCUCAGUUCUCAGAUCACAGUCCUCUAGUCUGAAAGAGCUGGACCUGAGUGACAAUGACCUGGAGGAUUUGGGAGUGAAGCUUCUGUCUGCUGCAGUGAAGAGUCCACAUUGUACACUGGAAUCUCUCCGGUUAGGAUUCAGUCUUUGCCACUCAUUAUUACGUUAAUGAAUCAAUAGAUAAAGGUUACAGAAUUAUAAAGUAUAUUAUUAUUUUUAUGCCUUUAGAUGAAUCAUUGGACUCCAAAUUACUGUCUGUAAAGAUUUUCAUAACCCUGCAAGAAAUCCAGGAGUUGUUUCUGAUCAUGUUAUACUGUAUUCUUUAAUGUUCACCUUAGAGAGUAUCCUGCAAUAGAUACUCAUGCAUUUAUAACUUUCUCAGACUUGGGUUGAAAAACUGAGUCACACACUUUUAGAUCUAGGCUAAAUUAUUAUUUAUUAUUA